CAUCUGCUGGGUGGGGUCAUCUGCCCAAAUAUAUUGUUGUCUUCCCCUUCGAUCCCCUCCUCCUCGCUCGAAUCCUCGUCCUGCCGUCUCUCAGAACUCCCCCAAAAAUUUCAGUAGUAUUCCUCACUCGCACCUUCCAAUCCUAUCAGAUCAUCGAACUCCUUAACCGAAUCCCGUAAGCGGGAGGGCGAGACCCGACGAUCGAUCGGCCACGAACAGCGGAAUAGUGCAGCAGCUGCCGUAGGCUAAAUAAAAUAUCUAAAAAAGGAGAGAGUUGCAGGUGUUUGGUCCCGGUCAGCCAUGGCGGAUCAGUUCGCGGACUCUGCGAACAAUGUAGUCAUUGAGGAGGUCAACAAGGGACUGAACCCUGGAAUGAUAGUCCUGAUUGUGGUCGCGACCUUCCUGCUGCUUUUCUUUGUCGGGAACUACGCUCUCUAUGUGUACGCUCAGAAGACGCUUCCUCCUCGCAAAAAGAAGCCAGUCUCGAAGAAGAAGAUGAAGAGGGAAAAACUGAAGCAAGGUGUCUCUGCCCCAGGAGAGUGAAGAGAGCCACCAGUUAUGAUGUUGCUGAUUUGAUUCAGACGACCCUCUUCGCUUGUUAGAAAACAGGAUAUAUAUCAGCUGGAACCGCAGUGCUUACAGUUACUAUGUUCUGUAUAAGCUUUAUAUAGUGAUUCUCCGUUAUUGGACAACUUAUUUCAGCAAACGGUUGAACCUUAGCCCAAAUUGAUCUAUUGUGCUGUUCGUAUUUUUAAGGCUUUCAAAUUUUUAGUAGUAGUGGUCUUCUGCAAACUCUGUCUCCUGGGCCUGGAUGACCCCUUUGAAUCUGUUCUGUUUUUGGUUGCA